CGUCGACCGCAUUUCACUCUUUCUCACGCUUUUCCUUUGCCCCUCUUCGCUUUAAUCUCUCGCCAUGGACAUCGAGGGCAAGCUCGACACCUCUACGCCCGACCUGGGCCGGCCUGAUGAUCCUCCUCCCCGCAAGAGCUUCAGUGUGCGUGUCUUGAGCCAUGCAUCUGCCGAAGUCAGCCCCGAAAACACCGACCUGCUGCUCCUGUUGUGCUCUCUUGCCUCUGGCCUGACAGACAGCACCCUCUACAAUGCGUACAAUACCUUCGUCUCCAUGCAAACGGGAAACACCAUCUUCGUCGCCCUUGGUGCUAGCAAUCAAAACACCAAACCUUACGGUUGGGCUCGAUCUCUCUGUUCCAUUGGCUUCUUCAUUCUCGGGUCCUUGUUCUUCUCCCGCCUAUACAACUUCCUCGGUCCAAGGUGUCGACGAACCCUGGUGUUAUCUUUCCUCAUUCAAACCUUGUUCGUCAUGGUCGCCGCCGCCAUCGUCGAAGGGGGCGCUAUUAACGGAAACGUGCCCAAUGUCUCAGACCCGGGAGUGGUGCGCUGGAAUGAACUCGCGCCUGUCGCGAUGCUCAGCUUCCAAUCCGCCGGCCAAAUCGUGACUAGCCGCGCAUUGGCUCUGGGCGAAAUCCCGACCGUUGUCAUUACGAGUUUGCUAUGUGACCUCAUGUCAGACACGGCAAUCCUGGCUGGCUUAACCCAGAACAUCAAGCGUAACAGGAGGAUUGCUGCUUUCACCCUCACGCUUGUUGGUGCCAUUGCAGGAGGUUGGAUCUCCAAGGCAACAAAAGGUGUUGAAGCGGCGUUGUGGGUUGUCAUGGGUAUCAAGUUCCUGCUCAUGAGUGCAUGGAUAGUGUGGCCUAAGAAGACAGUACAAUUUUGAGAAUAGCGAAAUUCUGGUCAUAGACAUAGACUUACGGAAUGAGAAUGGAG